AUGUUCCUUGAAAACAGAUCGGGCGCAGAUCGUGGGGCGAAUGUUCCACCCCAUUGCUACUUUGAGCGUGAGUUGUCAAGUCAGUAUCAAACAAUCAUCGAAGAGAAGGCAGCCCAAGUGCGACAGAAGUACUUCUAUUUGGAAAAUUAUAAAAAGAUAGGCUGGGUGCAGCCGACCACCUGGAAAGAGGACAGCUCCACGACUACUGAUCGGAUCACGAACAAGCUCAUGCGUGGCGCCAAUCUAGUUUGA